UAAAGAGUAAAUAUUACCGAACCUCUAGAUCAAGAUGGAAUCAAUGGAAAAUCGCGGCGCUGUGAAUCGCAUAAACCAAAAGAAUGUGAAACAAAUUGGAAAAAAUCUGAGUGUUUCAUUUCAGAAGUUUAGUGCAGAGCGCCCCGAAGAGAUUCUCAAAGCGCAUACGAACGAAUGUCCUACAGCGUUGGCUCAGUAUGUGAACGACUUUGCGUUUUGCUCCGAAAAGUGUGCCUUGGAGAGGUUGGAAAACAGUCCGGAGUUUUUACAGUGUGCCUCAUGGAGCGCUUGUUUGGACUCUGUUGGUUUUCGUGAAACUUGCAAUAACGAGCUACCGUUGGCACUCAAAUCGAUAGCAUUUACUGAAACGUUUCCGAAACCCGAGCAGGCUAACGGAGUAAAUUUUCAGAUGCUCUACCUCAACUUGGCAUGCAUGAUGAUGGGUCAGCCUAUACGAUGUAUGAAUGGGCCCACAAGAAAGGUGUUGAAACAAGUUUAUGAGCAAACGGUUCUCAAAAUUUCGCAAACGGAUCACAAUGAAGACAUAACCUUACUGCACGAAAAAUUGAAAACAAUGGCCCCUCCAAAGAAGUCGAAACGAAAAUUGCCGAUAAUGAAAGACUUGAAAACGUUUUUCUCUGAUCCAAACAUUAAUCUCUUUCAAAUUCCCACGGAAAAGAUAGUGAAAAUGGAUAGAAACAUCUCAAAAUGAGAUACAUUAAGCAGUCGUCAAUAUUUGCUUGUUUGAUUGUUUCACUACCAUCAAGAGAAACAAAAAAACAUUAAAAUAUACUAAGCUUACA